AUGAAUAGGAAGGCGCGUAUCGUCUGCUACUUCUCCAACUGGGCCAUAUACAGACCUGGACUCGGCAGCUACGGCAUCAGCGACAUCCCUGUCGAAAAUCAGACCAGUAUGUUAUCCACCUACCAUAUUCAGCCACCGUUAGAUUUGGACAAGAAUGGUUUCCAACUUCACGAACCUGCCAAAGCCAACCCCAACGUGAAUUCGAUGUUAGCGAUAGGAGGGUGGGAGAAGUGGAAGUAUUCCCAGAUGGUACAGAUCCCGCGCGAAGGACCUCGCUCAUCGCCAGCGUCGUUGUUUGACGGCUUCGACUUGGACACGGGAGUAUCCAGGGGCCACCGACGUGGUGGAACCUACAGUGACAAAAAGCCUUUAGGAGCUCAAGCUGGAAGAAGACAUACUUGUGGACCUUCGGAGAACAAUGAUGACUUGACAGCGCAUACAUACUGUACCUUCAGAGACUUCGUGAAGGAACUGAGAGCAGCCUUCGACAAGGAAGGGAAAGGAUGGGAGAUCUCCAUGGCUGUUCCCGUCGCCAAGUUCAGACUUAGCGAGGGUUAUCACGUGCAAGAGCUGUGUUAUUACGUCGACGCCGUCCACGCUAUGACCUAUGAUCUGAGAGGUAACUGGGCUGGGUUCGCAGACAUCCACUCCCCACUCUACCCUCGCCCAUUUGACCAGUUUGCGUAUGAGACCCUCAAUGUGAAUGACGGGCUCAAACUUUGGGUGGAUAGAGGUUGCCCUAAGGACAAGUUAAUCGUGGGAGUACCCUUCUACGGCAGGACUUUCACCCUGGGCAGCAAAAAAAGCAAUGGACUGAGGGCCCCUGUGAAGAAGUGGGAGGGUGGAGGCAAACCAGGACCCUACACUGAUGCCAAGGGUUUUCUAGCUUACUAUGAGAUCUGCUCACUGGUUAAUGACCCUAACUCGGGGUGGACCAAAAAAUUCGACGACAAAGGAAUGUGUCCCUAUGCCUUUAAAGACGACCAAUGGGUAGGAUACGAGGACGAGGGGAGUCUCCGGAUCAAGAUGGAGUUCAUCAUCAACAAUGGGUACGGCGGCGCCAUGACGUGGGCCAUCGACAUGGAUGACUUCCAGGGGACGUGUGGCACUGUGAACCCUCUCAUUGCUAUCCUGCACGACUACAUGAAGGACUACGUGGUGCCUACGCCACCCCCCACUACUACCACACCCAAGGUCACCUAUUGGAAGCCCUGGAAUCCCAGCUCCACCACCCCAAUGGCCCCGACGGCAGCACCAACAGCAGUCACUGCAGUAGAACCAGCAGCCACUGCAACAGCACCGCCACCAGUGGCCACAAUAGCGCCACCAGCACAGGCAGGAAAACCACAACCUCCAAGUCCAAUAAAGGAUGAAAUUCAGGCUGCUGACGUUCCGUUAGAAGUGUUUCCCCCUGGAGUCGCUAACAAGAUCAACUGUAUGUCGACUCAACAGUACUUCCCCCACCCAGACUGUUCUAAAUACUACUGGUGUGUGCACGGGGAGCCGAUGCUGUACACAUGCAUGGAAGGUACCCACUGGGACCAGGCAGAAAAGACCUGCAAUUGGCCAGAAGCAGUCGCCAGAAGUGGCUGUUAACUUCUCAUAUAUUACACCAGCACUUCAUAACAAGGAUUUCUUAAACCCCUGCAUCCCCACAGACCUGUGACUGUAAAUGGAUUUUAAUAAACUCUAUAGGGCUAUGUUUUGAUCUCUCCUUCAGCUAGUUUCUCAUGAAUUAUUUAGCGCUUGAAUUCUUAUGAAUCUUUGAGCUAUUGGGUUCUUUAGAGCUUCUUUCAGUUAAGUGUUCUUGAGCUUUAUUUUUGUUUGGUUCUCUUGAACUCUGCUUAAGUUGAGAUCUAUUGAAUUCAUCAGCUCGUGGGUUCUCUUUAGCUCUUUAGUCCUCGAGUUUCUAUUUAACUCUCAAGCCAUUAGAUAUCUUGAAGUCCUCACAUGGUAACUCCUCGUGAGGUCACAGAAAUUGGAUCUUCUGAGACCAUGAGUUCUAUCCUGCAUUAUAAAUGUUAAGCAUUCUGUCUCUUUUAGAUUCAAAAUACAUAAUAGUCCACAAGGUGUAAAGGUUGUUUCCCAACUACUAAUUAAGGAAACUCGACUUCUUUACCAAGUAGAGUAUAUUAUAUUGUGUUAUUACAACUACAAUCUGAGGUUGUAUAUUUUUUCUUCAUAUUCUCCCGUAUACAGUACUCACUGUGAACUGCUUUCAUCAUUAGCCGUUUAAAAGUCGUUUGUUUUGCAUUCAAUUAAUGUUUAAAGUUUUCCCAUCAAUUGUGAAUAAAUUAUCUUUGACUUAUGAAUGUAUUUUUUUUUAGAAAUACUGCGAGACAUAAUGUAUGUGAAUAAUUUUUUGUGUGUGUCUGGUUUCUGUUUAUUUAUUUAUCUAUUCAUUCUUCAUCGGUUUAUCACGUUGACUGAUAUAAGAAUUGUUGCCUCACACUUAAUAUUCUUAAGAUACUUCACUGAAUAAUAAUAAUAAAAAAAUAUGUAGUCAUCAUGUCUAGUUGGUUAUAAAAUGAUAGGAGGUAUGUAAAAUAUUUAAUUGAAAAUGGUAGUAGAGUAAUAUUGUUGAUACCUGUAUGCAGAAGAAAAUUAUGUAGUGGAUCCUAUAUUAUUGACCUGACGUGAUGUUAUGUAAGAUCACCCAUUGUUUUUAAGCCUCUCUCAAUCCCUGUAAAUUCAGUUGCCUGUGAAGGUGUCUUGAAUAAAGACGAAAGUUAAGGUG